AUGGCAGAAGAGAAAAAAAUUAUCUUCUACACUGCUUUCUCACCCAACGGCCAUAAGAUUGCAAUCACUUUAGAAGAGCUAGGGCUAUCCUACGAGAUGGUUCAUGUCAAUUUACCGGCAAUACAGCAUAAGGAACCAUGGUUCCUGAAAAUCAACCCCAAUGGCAGAAUUCCAGCUUUGAUCGAUACACUUGAAGAUGGCACGCCAAUAAAUUUGUUCGAAUCAGGGAGCAUUCAGCAGUACCUAGUUGACAGAUACGAUACCGAUCACAAAAUAUCAUACCCACGUGGAACCAAAGAAUAUUAUCAGACGAACAAUUGGCUUUUCUUCCAAAACGCAGGAGUAGGUCCGAUGCAGGGUCAAGCAAACCAUUUCAUUCGCUACUGCCUUUCAAGUGAGCCGGAACAAUACUCAAAGGAUCGAUAUGUCAACGAGACUCGAAGACUGUAUCGAACGCUUGACAAGCAUCUUGAAGAAUCCAAAUCUAAGUAUUUGGUGGGAGAUAAAUGUACCAUUGCAGAUAUUGCCAUCUCUUCUUGGGCCAAACUCUUGGCUUUCGCGGGUGUUGAUAUAAGCGAGUUUCCAUAUGUUGGCGGCUGGCAGGCCAGAAUGGCGGAGCGCCCAGCAGUGCAGAAAGGUGUCAAUACACCCAAAAAGGUUGACUUGGACAAGUUGGAGAAAGAUCCUGUGGCCUUCAAUACCUAUCUCAAGACAAAUGAAGCCUGGAUCAAGCACGGGAUGGAGGCGGACAGAAAGAAAUAG